AUGGAGAGAGUGGUGCUCGCCUUGGUGGUCUUCUCCUCGCUUGCAGCAUUCGCAGACACCAUCACCCCAAAGCGUGGUAUCGACAUCUACAGCCUCCAUGUGGACUGCAGAGUCACGUCCCGAUUUGCUCACACUGUCAUCACCAGCAAAAUUGUCAACCGGGCAAAUGAAUCCCGCGAGGCCACCUUUGAAGUGGAGCUCCCCAAGACCGCCUUCAUCUCCAACUUCUCCAUGUCCAUCGAUGGCAAAGUGUACCCGGGAAUAAUAACGGAGAAGGCAUCUGCUCAGCAGCAGUAUGACGCUGCGGUCUCGCAGGGGCAAAGCGCUGGCCUUGUGAAAAUUGUGGGGAGAAAACUGGAGCAGUUUCAGGUCUCGGUUGGCGUCGCAGCGGGCAGCAAGGUCACUUUUGAGCUGACGUACGAGGAGCUGCUGAAGCGGCAGCUGGGCAAGUACGAGCUGCUGCUCAAGGUCAGGCCCAAGCAGCUGGUCCAACACUUCCAGAUGGAUGUGCACAUCUUCGAGCCCCAAGGCAUUCGCUUCCUGGAGACCGACAGCACUUUCCUGACAAAUGAGUUAACAGAGGCACUCACAAAAGUGCAAAAUGAAACCAAGGCUCAUAUUGUGUUUAAGCCAACGGUAGACCAGCAAAAAAAUCCUGAUGCGGGUGAAACCCUCCUCAAUGGUGAUUUCAUUGUGCGUUAUGACGUUGAGAGAGGUGCAACUGCAGGUGAUAUACAGAUCGUCAAUGGAUAUUUUGUGCAUUAUUUUGCCCCGCACGAAAUGCCAGCGCUUCCCAAAAAUGUCAUCUUCGUAAUAGAUCGCAGUGGCUCUAUGGCAGGCAGAAAAAUCGAGCAGACGAGGGAUGCUCUCCUGAAGAUCUUGCAAGACCUGCGAGCAGAGGAUCGCUUCAGCUUUAUCACCUUUAACAGCAAAGUUUCGGAGUGGAGGAGCUCCCUGCUGGAGGCCACAGCAGAGAACGUGGCGAGUGCUGUGGCGUUCGUGCAGACUCUUAGCGCCAGCGGAGGCACAGACAUCCACCAGGCCCUGCUGAGAGCGGUGGUCACGCUGCAUCAAGCCAAGGCGCUGCCCGAGCGCAGCGUAUCCAUGAUCAUCUUGCUGACAGAUGGCCAGCCCACCUCUGGUGAGACCAAGGUGGAAGUAAUCCAAGAAAACAUCCAGAAAGCCAUCGGUGGGAAGUUUGCCCUCUUCUGCCUUGGCUUUGGUUUUGAUGUGAGCUAUAAGUUCCUUGAGAAAAUGGCCUUGAGCAAUGGGGGACUCGCACGACGUAUAUAUGAAAACGCGGACGCAGCCUUGCAGCUCCAGGGUUUUUAUCAAGAGGUGGCUACUCCAAUAUUAAUGCAAAUUGAAAUGCAGUAUCCAGAAAAUGCCAUCGAGGGGUUAACCAAGAACAAUUUCAAGCUGUUUUUUGAGGGCUCUGAAAUCGUGGUGUCUGGAAAAAUCAGCAACGAGCUUGAUCUUCUGCCAGUAGAAAUUAAAGCUCAAUCACAUACGAGUGACUUGACUCUUAAAGAAGAAGCAAACAUUAAAGAGAAGGAGCAAGUAUUUCAAAAUCAGAGCUACAUCUUUGGAAAUUUCAUUGAGAGACUGUGGGCUUAUUUAACCAUCCAGCAGCUUCUAGAAAAAUCUGUUUCAGCCCCUGCUGGCCAGCAGAAGGCCCUGGAGGCCCGUGCCCUGGAGCUGUCCCUGCAGUUCGGCUUCGUCACUCCCCUCACCUCCUUGCUGGUCACCAAACCCGCGGAGCAGCCGCAGGCAGAGCUGGCCAACAAGCCCAGCGAGGCCGGUCGCUGGCGCUCCCUGCUCCAGUCUGGCAGCAACAAGAAACUGCACUCGCCAGCUCUCAGGUUAAUGGAACAAGGAAGAUCCCAGCCUCUUGCUAGUGAAUAUCCCCAGUUUCUCUUGCAAUUACCUGGACAAAAUGAAAUCAUCUGCUUAAAUACUGGUGGGCAAGGCCAGACUUCUGCAGACCUGCUGUCUGAUCCGGUGCAAGGAAUCUCCGUCACUGGGAAUCUUGGGGACAAAACAAAUCACUUUGUGCAGUUGGAAAUUACCUACGUGAAUCCCCCAGUGCAAGUGCACGUCUCCAGGGACGCCGUGAUCAUCCACCAGGACCACGAGGCCGAGCGGCUGCCGUGGGCCGAGUCGUGGUCCAGGGUGUAUUUGUACGUAGUCUGCAGUGAUACAGACCUGUUGUGUGGCAACUGGAGAAAAGACGGGCUGAGAAUCUCGGUUGAAAAGGAACGAAGCCUGACACUGUCACUGCCUGAGACGGUCACAGUGAAAGUGUCCUUCAUAAAGCAGCCAGAACAUUUUCUCGGACUGUAUUUCUUGGACACCAACCAUUUUUCUGACAAAGUCAGUGGAUUUCUUGGUCAGCUGUAUUCAAAAACACAGGUGGAGAUUAAGCCCGGUGUAAAUCAGAGAGAUGAUGAAAGAGUCCUAAGCGUGUCUGGAUCUGAGCACAGAGUUACCAGGCAAUACAAGAAAGACUACAGGCUUGAGUCAGCUGGUGAUCCUGUGUCCUGCUGGUCAUUAGAUUAUUCACCUCGAGAAUAA